AUGCCCCCAAAAAAUGCUCCGAAACGCUCGAGCGGGCAUACGAAAAAGGCACCAGUAGAGCCUGUCCAAGCCGAAGAUGAUGAAGACAUCAACCGAGUUCCAGAUAACUCCUCCGAUGAUGAGAGGCCUUCCCCAAACAUCAAACCAACCACUUUCACCAAAGGUUCAGAGAAACAGAACGGGAUUUCUGCACUCGGGAAAAAGCAGAACAAACCUACGAUAAAUGGCAAUCCUUCACCAGCUUGGAAGGAUGACAAGGGAGGCUACAGAGGGACCUCAAGACCACGUCGUGGGGCAAAUGACGCACCUUCAUCCAGUGCUUCCAGUGCUUCAAAGACCAGCCCCAAAAGGAAGAGUCCGGCAGAUACUCCAAAGCUUGGAGCUGGUAUGUUCGAUGCUUUUGGUCAAGCCAAAGUCAAGAAGGCGAAAACGACAUACGGCAACAGUAGCCAAGCUCGGUCAUCCCAAUCAAAAUCUGCCAGUCAGAGAUUUGUUAGAAAAGCUUCCCCAGAGCCCCCCAAAUUCAGGCAUCCGGGUAGUAUCCCAAGCUCGCCCACAUCGGACUUCUCGCCUAGAAAGUCUUACCAGAAUCAUCGACUCGAUGACGACCCGACUUCUACACCGAAGACAGUGAAUAAGUUCGAGAAGCCUUCUAUGACACCUUGGAAGGAAGAGGAAGAGCAAGAGCAAAAGGCAGUAUUUCAAAAGAUUGGCUUGGAUGAUCUAGAGGAGUCGUUCACCCAGUCAUCAGCCGAUCCAGACGAAUCGUUGCUGCCACAUCCAGGGCUGCAAGAGAAGCCAACUGAGCCACCUGUUGCUACGCAAGUGCAGAAGUUUCAGGUCUGGGAUAUGGAUGAUAGCGUAAGGGAGAAAGUCACAGCGUUGGUCGGAGAAACUGGGAACAACCCGCCCCCGGCUGCUAUUUUGGACGACGAUGAAUUUUUGACUAUGACCCAAGCAGCACGUUGUCCUAUGUGUCAUGCUCCCGUUGAUCCUGCGGAUAUCAGAGCGUUCGGGAAGAACAUGAACAUUCGCAUGCAAGAGAAAUUCUGUCGAUCACAUCGGACGAAAACUGCAAAGGAGGAUUGGGAGGACAGAGAUUACCCGACUAUCAAAUGGGAGAAGCUGGAUAGGAGGAUAACACAACAUCAUGCCCUGAUCAAGAAAAUGAUCAAGGGAGAAGAUUCCUAUUACAGAGCACAGAUGGAAGAAAAGAUCAAUGCGGGCAAGGAUCGGUCACUCAUGAAAAUGACGACAAAUCUUACCCCUGGAUACUACGGAGCUCGUGGUCUGCGUGCCAUCUCGGAAAACAUCAUGCACAAGUUUACACCAUUGCUGAAAAAGCGAAUAGUGGACGAUAAGCUGAUGUCUGCUCGAGGUGUAACACCCUACGUGCAGUCCGUCUUGGUACUGGAAGUUGCUUCGAGGUUGAUAAUGGAAGACAUGAAAGUUAAUUUGGAACAAGCUCGAGAUAUUCUUGCUGAGAGUGCUGAAGUUGGCGAAUUGCUGAAUGAGGAGGUACGAGAUGUGGUGAAGAAGACAGUCGAUGAUAGUGAGGAUGAAGAUGAUGAAGACUACGAUUAG